CAGUAGAAAGCCAUUCGCACUGGAGCCAUAUUGUCAAGAAUGAGCUCGAUUCCAGACAUGACGUCAUCACCUGCACAUGAGCCACUCUCAGUGCACUUGCACGCGUACACGCAUCUCACACCGAUAAGUGCCAGAGAUGGAACGUAAUAUCAGUCCACCACCCACAAAGCGCAGAAAACUUGGUCAAGAAACGGUUCCUACAGGUCCACAUUCGCCGUCAUCUGAGGCUCCGGAGCCACCGCAUCUAAACACUAUGCGCAUAUUCUCAUGGAAUAUCAAUGGCAUCACACCGUUUUUACAAAAACCCAUAACUUCGUUCUUCAAAACUUCCCCGAAAACCGGUAGUCCGAAGGCUGGACUACCCCCAGCAUCCCUCCGCGACUUUCAACGCCGCCACCACUGGCCAGCCAUGCUCCUAUUGCAGGAAGUCAAAAUCGCAACCAAAGACACCAAGACUCAAGAUGCCGUGCGCGCAGCAGUCAAUGAUACCUCAUCAACAGGCGACAAGGGGCCACAAUACGAGACUCAUUUCACACUACCAAACGACCCACAUAACGCAAAGGGAUUGAGAGGCAGUGGGAAGCUAUAUGGAGUAUGUUCGAUCGUGCGCCGUGAUAUCUACGCAAAAUACCACAUCAACUUCCGCACCGUGGACUGGGACAACGAAGGCCGCAUCUCCAUUGUCGAGCUCAAGACCGAGGACAAGAAGCUCGCUGUUUUCAACAUCUACGCCGUCAACGGCACAGACAAUCCCUACCGAGACCCACACACGGGCGUGCAGCAGGGCACAAGACAUGAUCGCAAACUCGCUUUCCACAGGACGCUCGCGGAUGAGUGUCAGAGGCUCGAGGGAGAAGGGUGGGACGUGUUACUCGGCGGCGAUAUGAAUGUCGCGCCGGAUAAGCGAGAUGGGCAUCCCAGGCUACGCACGUUUCCGCGGCAGCACAGCGUCAACCGUGCGGAUUUCCAGGAGAGGCUACUGGGAGGCAAAGAAGGGACAGGGGGGUUUGGUGGGGUCGAUGUUUGGCGCGUGGUGCAUGGGGAUGAGAGGAGAUACACGUACUACUCGAGAAGACGAGAGUGGGGUACGAGUUGUGAUCGGGUGGAUUACUUCAUUGCUGGACAAAAAGUGUGGGAUGCUGGGCUGGUCAAGGGCUGUGGGAUCUUGGAUAGCGAGGAGGAGAGAGGGCCGAGCGAUCAUGUGCCCAUAUGGGUGGAUGUGAUGCUCGAAUUCGAGUCGAGGAAGGCUUCUACGUCACCCGCAUAGUUCAAGAACAACUCCAAUCGGUUUCAAACAUUCGCACAGCUCUGCAAACUGCAUUUCAGAUACUAGUUCCUGAGUGCGGAUGAUGUUCAUUCUCCGAGUUUCUUC